CAACAACGAUCAAUACGUUCUGACCCGAACAAAGUUGUUUGAAGAUUUUCCAGAGCUCGUAUGUUCAACCGGACGUGUUGACUUCGUUCAUAUUCCUCACUAAACAUGAUGUGGUGCACUUACCUCACUCCAAUCCAUGACUGCCUCCAAGUCGCAGAGGGCAGGUCCUCAAAGCCACGACUUCUCUCGUAGCCACGCGAUGCUGCAAACAAUUAUGAUGCUACCUCGGCGCUUCAAAUCUUCAUCCGUACUUCGUUGCCAUUGUUUUGCUCUUCUCCCGCAUUCAUCACAGCCACUCCUUACCAUUGUCAUUUUAACACUCACUGAAGCCCUUUUCUCGGCAGGUCUCUGUUUCACUGAUCAAUAUGUCAGACGCUGGUACACCGGCCGCUGUACCGGAGGAUGCUCCAAAGGAAGAACAGCCUCAACCUGCUCCAGAACCAGCUGCAGAGGAGCCUCCCUCUGAAGAGCCACCUGCAGAAGAGCCAGCAGCAGAUUCAUCGCCCGAGGAAGCACCUGCCCCAGAACCUACGGUUGAAGAACCACCUGAGGCUACUGAACCUGAACCUGCUGUAGAAGAACCGCCUGCCGAGGACCCACCUGUCGAGCCAUCCCCUGCUGAAGACCCUCCGGCCGAAGAGCCACCACCAACAGACGAAGCGCCUGCAGAGGAACCUGCGGAAGUUCCUGAGUCUGAAGGUAACCCCGAUUCAGUCAUUGAUGAUUUGAUAGACAUGUAUGCUGAGGCCCCGCUUGAAGAACAGCCGCAGGAUAUCCAACUAGCUGCUGAACCAGAGCCCGUACCUGAACCAGAGCCAGAGCCCGAGCCCGAGACUCCCUUGCCUCCUGCGUCGACCAAGUCAGCUAAACCACGAAAACGGGACACAUUGCGCAGCAAAUUAGCAGCCGGUGGCAAAGGAAAACAACGACUUCUGAUGUUCACUGCCCCGAAGGAGACCAAGCCGCUGGUCGUGGCACUUCAGAAGGAGAAGGCGAAGGGCACAGAUAUCAAACCACUGGUGGAAGGCAUGUUGGCCACGAUUGCAUCGUAGCUGGGAUGUGCAAUGAGACGCACUACCGUCAUAGCUUACACAUUACGAGCAAACCCUACAUAGAAACCUAUACAACUCCGUCCUACCC